GGUAUAGCAAGGAGCGCAGCACCGAGGCUCCCCACCACUGUUUCCGCAAGUCCCUGUGUGACCUUAGCCCCAGACAGGAGGUCGCGCUCGUCAGGGAGCCCCGGGGGAGUGUAGGGGAGAAGCUUGUUCCACUCAGUGGGUCUUGGGGCCGGGGGCCCGCACUCACCUUGCUCUGCCUGCUGAACGCUGGGGACCCUAGUCCCGCUCCGCUCCUUGGGUGUCCGCGGGCUCGUUGUGCUCGCUGGGAGCCGUAGGCGCGGCGCGUUCCCCUCCUUUUGCUGUGAGGACAGGGCGCUCUUGCCACCUCUGCUCGCCGAGCCUCUGAAGGGCAGCGCGGGGAGCUUGCCUCGCUCUGCCUAGAGACUGACCAAGGGUGUUGGCUCGCUCCGCUUGGUGGGACCCCGGGGGCAGGAGCUCUUGGCUCGCGUUGGUCAGUGGGUCCUGCUGCGGGGAUGCCCAUCUUCCACCUGUUGCCUUGUUCUGAGCUUCUUUGAGGCGCUCGUGCGCGUCUCUUCCCGCCCCGGGUUCUCCCAGCUUGCUCAUUGGGGGAAAGCUGCCGGAGUUCCUGAGCUUCCUUUCCGACUCUCCCAUCUGGACUCUGACCCGUCUCUCCAGACUCAGGGACGCCAGUAAAGCACCCCAGUACUGCUGGGUGAGGCGCUUACAGCUGUUGUUUGUUGUCCGCAGCUUGUUUGCUCCGGCUGUUCCGAUGUUACCCUAUUGGGUAACGGGCGCCGCAGCUGGGAUUGUCUCCCUGCAUCUCAUCCAGAAACUCCUCUUCCCCUACUUCUGGCACGACCUUAAAUACCUGCUGAAAGUGAUAAAAUAUGGGCUGACCAUGGAGAUCUACAGGCUGCGAGGGAAGAUUUUCACGGUGCUGGACAGGUUUGUGAAACAAGCUGAAAGGCAGCCCCACAAGCCAUUCAUUGUCUAUGAAGGAGAUGUUCACACCUACCAGGACGUGGACAGGAGGAGUAACCGGGUAGCUCAGGUCUUCCUGCAACAGGGAGCGCUGAAAAAGGGGGAUACCGUGGCCCUGCUGAUGAGCAAUGAACCUGACUUCAUUCAUGUGUGGUUUGGAGUGGCCAAGCUGGGCUGUGUGGUGGCUUUCCUCAACUUCAACGUCCGCUCCAGGUCCCUUCUGCAUUCUAUCCGGAACUGUGAGCCCAAGAUACUCAUUGUGGGAGCAGAUAUGCUUGGGACAUUAGAGGAGAUUCUUCCUAGCCUCCAAAAAGAUAUUGGUGUUUGGGUAAUGACCAAAGACUGCACUCUGCCCAGUGUUAAUCCCCUUUUAGACAAGCUGGAAACUGCAUCUGAAGACUGUGUGCCAGUUAACCUCCGCUCUGCAAGCAACCUCAAAUCCUCUGUACUCUACAUUUUUACUUCAGGGACUACAGGUCUACCAAAAGCUGCAGUUAUUAGUCAUCUGCAGAUCCUAAAAGGAGCUGCUGGAUUAUGGGCAUUUGGUGCUACUGCAGAUGACACUGUUUAUAUAACUCUCCCUCUUUACCACAGUGCAGCUUCUGUCCUUGGCAUUGCUGGAUGUAUUAAAUUGGGUGCAACUUGCGUCUUAAGAAAGAAAUUCUCAGCUAGUCAAUUCUGGAGUGACUGCAAAAAGUAUAAUGUGACUGUUAUCCAGUAUAUUGGAGAGCUUUGUCGUUAUCUUUGCAACCAGCCUGUGAAAGAAGGAGAAAAAGAUCACAAAGUUCGCUUGGCAGUUGGAAAUGGAGUAAGGAGUGAUGUAUGGAGAGAAUUUUUAGGCCGAUUUGGUGACAUCAAAAUGUGUGAGUUUUAUGGGGCUACUGAAGGAAACAUUUCUUUCAUGAACCACACUGGGAAAAUAGGAUCUGUGGGACGUACUAAUUUCUUUUAUAAGCUUUUUUUCCCCUUUGACUUAAUCAAGUAUGAUUUUAAAAAAGAUGAACCGAUUAGAAAUAGGCAUGGUUGGUGUGAGAAGGUUAAGAAAGGUGAGGCUGGUCUUCUCAUUUCCAAAGUGAAUGCAAAGAAUCCCUUCUUUGGUUAUGCUGGGAGUAAGAAACAUACAGAAAAGAAAUUACUCUGCGAGGUGUUUAAGAAGGGAGACAUUUAUUUCAAUACAGGGGAUCUGAUGGUUCAAGACCAAGAGAAUUUUCUUUACUUUUUGGAUAGGAUCGGGGAUACCUACAGAUGGAAAGGAGAGAAUGUUGCAACUACUGAAGUUUCUGAUGUCAUUGGUAUGUUGGACUUCAUACAGGAAGCCAAUGUAUAUGGUGUUCCUGUGCCAGAUCAUGAAGGAAAAGUGGGAAUGGUCUCUGUUACUUUGAAGCCCAAUAAGUCAUUAGAUUUAGAACAAAUGUAUGAACAAGUUGUGACAUAUCUACCAGGCUAUGCUUGCCCACUAUUUUUAAGACUCCAGGAAACAAUGGAAAUGACAGGAACUUUCAAACAACAAAAAUUUCGGUUGGUGAGGGAAGGGUUUAAUCCAUCUGCAAUCACUGAUCCACUUUAUUUUUUAUACAGUUCUAAAAAAUCUUAUAUUCCAUUAACCAAAGAACUUCAUGACAAGAUCUUAUCUGGGCAACUGAAACUUUAAUUAGUGUUAAAUUAACAGAUUUGAUAACUACUUUGUAAGAAGCAACAAAGGCACUAAGUAAUAUUUCUAUGUAGUUUGUAUUCUUGAUAUUUUGCAGCCAUAUCUUUUUGGAUUCAGAAGUUUCACUACACCUUUCAGUUUUGAUCGUCACUGAACACUAAUAAUUUUCUAUCUCCUGAAACACCAAAUAUACUUUAUAUUACUUAUGAAACAUGUUUAAAAUGUAUCUUCUUUGUGAUUUGGGGUAUGAACGUCUUGAACCUAUUUUCUAUAUCAGACAUGAAUGAGUGAUAGUUACAGAAAAAUAAUAAUAUACACAGAAAUAAAUUAUAUUGGAAAAAUAUACUACUGUUAGUAUUGUUGCUUGAGACUAACAUCUAUUUUACUGUACUUAAUAGUUUUCCUUUAAAUUUCAUAAAGCCAAAUGAUUAUUUAUAAAAUGUUAAAAUUAAAAAGGAACUGAAGAAAGGUAGGGAAAAAACCACAAACUAUAAUUUUCCUGCUCUAUGAAAACAUUGACUUAAGCUGCUUAGUUUCAAUACAUGGAAGGCAUACAGCAUACAUUGUUCUUAUCUCCUUCCCACAUGGCAUCUGGAUCUUGGUUCUGUCCUCAUCUGAUUCCUAAUCCACUUACCUUCUGCAGCAUAUUUAAAUUCCUUGUCCACAUGCAAGAUGCAAGUUUACUGCUCUAAGGGCCCAGGCCAAAGCCGUUGAAGGCAAUGGUGAUCUCUCUGGCUUUUUCCAUUCACUUCCAUACAUGGGGGAACCAUCCCUCUUCCUGACCUUGUUUUCCAUAAUCCAAUCUUAAACGCACACAUGCCUAAAGCCUACAGAUCAUAAUGCUCCCUCAAAGCAACAUCAACAAGAUAAAUAAGAAGAGAGUUGGACAUCAAAAAAUCCUCUUAACAAAACAUGGAACUAAUGAAAUGUGUGGUAGCUUCACUGCUCAGCAGCAUGCCUUUUUGUUGUCAUCUAUUCCCUUCCUUCAUUUGUACCUUGUCUCUUUAGACUGUAAACUUCUGAGGGCAGGGUAUACUGUCUGGUAAAGCAACUAGCACACUUUUGGCACUGGAUAAAAAUAUCCAUGCAUUGAUGUGCAUAGUCCUGGUCUGUUGGGUAGUGUCACUCAGAUGUAGUUAGGACAAAUGGAUUGGAAGUCAUUGCCAGCUGAGGGCAAAAAUUGUUCUUAGAACAUUAAAAAAAAUGUAUAAAACAAGAAUAUUAGUUCUUUAAAAGAUUCAUCUUAAUUAACCAGUGGGUGCCUUGUUUUCUUAAUGACUGAUUCGGAUUAUUAUUUGAAGGUAUUUUAAAAUUCUAGACAUACA